CGCAAACGUCGUUUGCGUAUGAUGCCCAAUGAUUUUCGACCCACAGCCGCGAAAUGAGCUCUGACGAGGAGAAGCGGAAGAUCGAGGCCGCGCGCAUGGCGGCCUUGUCGGCCGCAGAGAUGUUCCACUCAGACAUAAUGAGCAUGUCAGCAAACGCUCGCCAACGCCAACAACCGGCUGUUGCCGCAACGCCGGAAGCAGAAAGCGAAUCUGAAGAAGAGAGCGAGGACGAGGAGGAAUACAACCGCCGGCGCAUGGCAGCCCUGCGGGCGCGUCGAGCAAAGAGCGGGCUCCCAACAUCCACACGCGGCAUGCCGAUGGGAGUGCUGGGCAUGGGCGCAGGCGAUGACGACGACGACGACGACGAUGAAGAUGAUGAUGAUGAUGAAGGCGGGGGCCAGGGCGAGGAAGAUGGCGAUGGUGCCGAGGAUGGCGGCAACGAUGACAAUGACGAUGACGAUGAUGAUGAGGACGAACCCGUGGCACGAUCUGCACGAAUGCGAUUCCCGCUCAUGACGGGCGGUGGUGGCGAUGACGAUGGCGAAGAGGAUGAUACUGUUGGUGAUGGCGGAGAGCUGUCCACGGCAGAUGAUGGUGAUGGUGAUGACGAUGGUGAUGGGCUGGCACCCAUGGCGCUGCUGUCUCGCAGCAAGCGCGGUGGAAUGCCACUGGCGAUGCUGGAUGUGGACGGCGACGCUGAUGACCAUGAUGCCAACGACAGCGGCGAGGAGGACACAGCCGCCGACAACGAACGCACCACCGGCCAGUCGACAGCCGGUGGUGUUGUGCCAUCGUCGCAAGCGCGUACCGUUGCUCGGGGAGCCGGCGCUUCCACGUCAGAAUCAGCGGUGGCCAAUACACCAGCGACACAAGCGACAACAGCUAGUACAGCAGCUGGUGCGGCAACCAAGGCAGAGGUGACGUACACACGUGCGGGCGCCCCGUGCGAGCCGUUGCCUGCAGGCACGAAGGUGUUGAGGACGCUGAGCGCAGCGGUGCGGGAGCAGCCCGCGCCACAGGCGACCGCGGCGGCAUUUUAUUCACUGCUGCAGCCAUACACGUUUCUGUCGGAGGACGGCAAGGUGACCUGUCCAUUGGGGAUGAGUGUUGACUUUGAACCUCCGGCGCACCUUCCUGAGGACCGGAUUCGCCAUCCGCGCGACAUGCGUGGUCCUGCCAUUGUUUCGCACGACCACACGUGGCGCAUGGCGUUUUGCCCGUCCUUCUUUGCCGCAGAGAAGGACCAAACGGACACAGCAACACCACAAGCCGCCACGGACAAGAAAUCCCAGCCGGCGCCGCGUGCGCGUGCAAAGGAGCUGGGGCAGCAGCUCGAUGCUGUGGCCAGCAGCAAGAAGGCCGACCGCGUAAGCACAACGACAGCACCAGCGACCACACCAAAGGCGGCCACUGCUACAAAGGCGGCAGCAGCGACUGCUUCUACGGCAGCACCACCGCCGGAGAAGGCGGCGCACCAUGGCGGCCACGGCCGCCACCAUCACCAUCACCACCACAAGCAUGCGCACACCCACCAUGCGCACCACGGUCAUCACCAGGCUGGCCACAAGCACCACAGCACCUCCAGCGCCUCUGGCUCGCCAACCCCAAAGCCCAAGCCAAAGCCCAAACCCAAGGCAAAGGCGCCAGCGCCGAAACCAAAGCCAACCAAGCCGCUCCCACCAACCCCUGCCUCAACAGCAACGGCAACAGUAGCAGCGACAAGAAAAGGGACGGGCAAGCGGGGUACCCAGUCGCCAGCCACGGCAGCGAAGCCAGCCGUGCAGGCCAAACCAACAGCAACAAGGGCUGGCGGGGCGCAUCGCUCGCCCGUUCGUAGCGCUCGGAGUCACACCACAACUGCAGCGGUGAGCCCAAGCAGACGCAAGGCAGCGGCAGCCGCCGCCACAACAACAAACACCGCAUCCUCCUCCUCGUCGUCGUCGUCAACGGGUGCAAGUGGGAGGAAUGAGGCGCACAAGCAGCGCAGCAACAGCAUGACAGGGCACCGCCCACGUGCUGUUGCGGCCUCACGCCACCACCGGCCCGCACUCAAGCGCAAGCCAACCGAAGGCUCGCUGGUGGCAGCACGCAUCAACGCCGCGCUGGCAAAGACGGGCGGUGGUGAUGAUGAUGAUCACGGCACAAAUGUUGAUGGUACUGAUGUUGUGCGGGAUGUGAAGAAGAACAACGGGGAUGCAUCGACAGCUGUUGCCACGUCGAAGGCACCAGCAAACAAGCCCAAACAACGCACCAAAUACGUGCCGCCUGAUGUGAACCCGCAGGAACUGAAGAAGGAGGCAACCGUUGAAGAUACACAGGCUCGACUCUCAGACUUGCAGUUUAACUUCUCCUUUUCGUGAUUCAAAACAACUUGUUUGUUCUGUUACUCCUGUUAGUUGGUGCGUAUGUGUGUGUGUGUGGAAUGGGAGAGGGAGUUUGUGUGUGUGUGUGUGUGUGUUUGUACGUGUGUGUGUGUGUGUGUGUGUGUUGGUGCGUACGUGUGUGGGAGAGAGAAAUAGAGAGAGAGGCAGCUUGUGUGAGUGUGUGUGAGUGCGCGAACAGCGUUAUUCUUCUUCUUGUUGUGUUGAUCGCGCACUGUCUGUGAGACGAAAGAUCGUUUCUCAUUGUUUGCCCUUCUUUGUUGGAUACACCAUGAUGGUAGCAAG